AUUCCACGGGGUGAUAAGACCAAAUAGAAAGCCAUCCACCACCAAUAAAUAUGGAUGUUGAUGGUGGCUUUGUAAGUAUCUGUACGAUGGUUAUCUACUCCAGAUGGUUUCGGUUGUUAGAUCUCUGGGGUCUAUUGUCUGUCAAGAGUUUAAUCAAAUUAUCGUCGUGUGCCUACCGCCAGGGCUUCAGGUUUGGCGCUGGGGAUUUGACUGCGAAAUCCGAAGUCAUGCCCGGUUACCGAUAUGAUACUCAAAUGGUCAGCAAUGUGUACCAGACCACAUAUUCGUACGUUUGGGAUCUCUGAAGUCAUAGAUAAUUAAUACCACUUUGGGAUCGGUCAAUAGGACCCGCUAAGGGCUUAUUUGCGGUGUGGGCAAUCUUCGAGGCUUCUGGCCUAUUGGCAUCGCUCAAUCAGGUAAUUUUGGUCCCUAAGUAAAACACAAAGAUGGGUGAUCUUGAUUUCCAUCUAGCAAACUCCCACCCACACCCAGGCUCUGGUACCCCUGCCUUUCUAUAUAUAUCCCCACCAAUGUCUGUCUCUUGAAUUGUCAAAAAAAAUGGAUUCCUACUUACUUAACCACCCUGGUGACAUUUCUCUAAACUUUGCACUACCAUUGAGUGACG